UUUUAACCGUGUUUGCAGCUGUAUAGCUAUAGCGCAUACAUGUGUACAAAAUUAUGUGUGUAGUAAAGUAUGCAAGCGCAAAAAGUACGUACGUGUGACAUGAACAGGCAGUGUGAAUUGCACUGAUGUGAACUGAAUAUCUAGAAUCUACAUCUACAUCUAAUUUAGAAAUAGUCUAGAUCUAAAUCUACUUCAUCGGCAAUAUGGCAUCUAUCAAACCAAGAAGGAGACAUGGAAUGGGUGAAGCGGGCCUAAAAGCUCUCGAUGCAGAAAUGCAGCGUUCAUUCAGCAUGAAGAUGGGGCAAUUAAAACGAAUGAAACGUGAUGCCCAUGAAGAGGAUCCAGACUCAGGUGUGGUCUACGUCUCCCACAUUCCUCAUGGAUUCUACGAACCUCAGAUGAAGAAGUUCUUCUCACAGUUUGGAAACAUCAAGAGAUUACGGCUCAGCAGAAGUAAAAAGAGUGGCAAGUCCAAGGGUUAUGCUUACAUUGAGUUUGAAUACGACGAAGUUGCCAAGGUAGUGACAGAGACAAUGCAUAAUUACCUCAUGUAUCAGAAACUGCUAAAAUGUUUCUAUGUUCCUAAGGACAAACUCCAUCCUGACACAUUCAAGGGUUGUUUCCGUCACUUCAAGGGCCCCCGAAGACGAGAGAUUGCAGCAGCCAGAAACAAUAGUUUGCUGGAGAGUGGGAAAGACCAUAUCUUGGAGAGCCAGAAGCGGAGAGUGAAUGGACUCAACAAGAAGCAGAAGAAGCUUGAGAAGCUAGGCAUCAACUUCAAGAUUGAGGGUGUGGACUCUGAGUGGAAACGACUGCAAGAAUCACAGCCUCCCGCACCAAAGGUUGCUGUCCCAAAGAAGGCUGCAAAAGUAACAGCAAAGACACCCUCCAGAUCAAGGAAACCUGCUGCAAAACGAGAACAGAAAGGUGCUGUGAAGAGGAAGAGGGCCAAGACUGCAGGAGCACCCAAGUCCAAGAAGAAGCAGCACAUCGUUGAUUCUGGUGAUACAGCGGAGGCAAGUUUAGCAGCCCCAGCAAAGAAAAGGAAACCAGAGAAAGAAGAGACAACUAGCGAAGAGAAGGAGAUUAAACAGACUGAAAUCAAAGUCACUCCAAAAGGGAAGGCUAAACAGGAAGCCAGUAGGGGAGCUCAGAGUGCCAAGGUGCCUUCUAAAGGGAAAGCAGCCAUAGGUGUCAGGACUGCUGUCAGAAAAAGCACAAGAUUGUCUUUACGAUGAUUGAAAGAUGAUAGAUACUAAUGAACAUUGUAAUAUCCAGUACCAGUCAAAUGGAGAAGAUUCCUCUCAUAAUUAAGUACUGAAUAUUUACUUUGAACUUUCAAGCCCCUUCAAACAGCGCCAAAUCCUGGUCCUUUCUCUACUUGUGUAGCUGUUGCUGAUUUCCAAGAAACACAUCGAAGUUGGAGAAAGCCAAAUCAGAAAGCUAAACCAAGAAUAUUACUGAUCUUGCUCUUCAUAAUGUAAUGUACAUUUUCACGAUUCCAGGUUUAGUCACUCAGGAAACCAUGUAUUGGCCUGUGUAAAAUAUACAUAUGAAUUAUGAAAUCUUC